AGCGGGACGGUUCGCGCGCGAUUCGAAGUGUGCCCCUCUAAAGUUGCCCAAAUUUAACGAUAUUAUUAUCAGUUGCUUUAAAAACUCGCUACAAAAUAUUGAAGGCAAGUUUUUUCUUGCUAAGCACCUGCUUGUACUAUGGCAGGACGGCUGGAAGGAACUGAAAAGAGACUCUCUGCAGUGGUUGCUGCUGGUGCUAAUGACAAUGAAAUGCAGCCAAAGAAAUCAAAACAAGCACGACUGCCAUUCAAGCCCUUGGACUUCAAAUCACUUUCAUCACCUUCACCCUGUACAGCUAAUGGCAACGGAUCAAAAAAGCGUAAACUUUCUGGACCAGAUUCACCUCAUUUGAAAUCAAAAGUUCAGAAAUCAUACAUUGACACAAAACAGUCUACAGAAAAUGGGAAACGCUUGACGAAGAAUGAGAAUGAAGUAAGCUCAAGUUCAGAGGCUGAGAACUUGCCAGCAAUGUCUGUUAAGGCAAGCAGAGCGAAUACCUUAGAAAAGUUUGUCUGCCGAGAAUCAUUGCAGGAAGAAAUAACUUCAACUAAUGUCAUUGACCUCACAGAUUCCAAUUCUGAAUGGCUUCCUGAGGAUGAAAAUAAACACAGUCCCGUGAAGUCAAAAAGUCCCCAAAAAGCGGUUUGCACAGAUAAUGGGAAGGUAAAGGAGUUUUUUGUGAAGAAACUUGAUUUUAAUAAAGCAGUAGCUGUUGAGCAGAUGAAAAAUCCCUCCUUGCCAGAAUCUGAGUGCCAGGAGUUGUCAAAAGAUGAUUUGAGUGCACUUGGAGACAGUGGUGUACAGGAUACAAAGAUGAUGAGUAUAGACUGUUCAGGAGGAAGAAAGCAUGCUCCAGCAUCUCCAGGUGAUGUUUUAGAACACAGUGAACUAGGUAACAGUGACAUUUUUGUCAUUGAUGAAGAUGAGAAACAUCAGGAGCAUGUACAAGAUGAAGGAACUACGCUUGAACAAACAGAUUUAGAUAUAGAACAGGAAACAGAUUCUUCUUUGUCACUAUCCAAAAAUACUGAUGCUAAGGAAAAGACUCCUCGCAGAAAAAGAGUUCCUUUAUCAGCUAGCACACCAAUAACUUCAGCGUCUACUAAUUCGAGUGAAUCUGGUACCCCCUCCAGUGCAAAGAAACCAUGUUCAAAACAAAGUUCAGGGAAACAAACUGAGAAGGCAGCUUUGAGGCUGAAAGUGAAAGAAGAGAAGGAAAGACAAAAGAGAGAAGAAAAAGAGAAGAAGGAAAUAGAAAGACUGGAAAAGAAGCAACUUCAAGACAACAAAAAAGCAGAAAAAGAAAGACAAAAGAGAGAAGAAAAGGAGAAGAAAGAGAAGGAGAGGCAGGACAGAAAGGAACGGACUGAAAAAGAGAAGCAAGAAAAACAACAGCAGAAGGAGGAGGAGAAGAAAAAAAAGCAGGAAGUGCAAGAUGCAAAAAUGGAAGAGAAGAGAAAGAAGGAGGAAGAAAAAAGACUGAAGGAUGAAGAAAAGCUGAGACAGGAGGAAGAAAAGCUCAGGCAAGCCCAAAAAACAAAAGAGGUGUUCCAGAAUUUCUUCAUCAAGCCCAGAACAGUCUCAACUAAGGUUACUAAGCCUGCAGAGGGCCGCUUCAUCCCUUUUGAGCUGAAAAAAGACAUGAGUCUGGCCCCAAGUCAUCGCAGACCUGCUGUUACUGGCAAUGCCAUGGCCCAGCUGGAUGAUGCACUACAGUCUCAGGCAGAAACCGUCACAUACUUGCAGCAGCUGAAGCAAGGGACUGCUAAACCUGUGCGAACAGGUCGUGUUUUGAGACAGAAAGUGGAUGUAGAAGAUGACGCGGAACUGAUUGUUCACGAUUCAGAAACUGUAAAGAAAGUUAUGCAUGCCAUCAAGCUUCUACAGUUUCACACUGACUACCGGCCACCCUACUAUGGGACCUGGCGCAAAAAGGUCAAAGGCUUGUCACCACGAAACCCCUGGAAAAAAGAUGAGAGCGUCUUUGACUACGAAAUAGACAGUGAUGACGAGUGGGAGGAAGAGGAACCUGGUGAGAGCCUGUCUGACUCAAACGGAGAAGAUGAUGAGGCCGAGGGAGAAGAGGAAGAUGAUGAUGGUUGGAUGGUUCCUCAUGGUUACCUGUCUGAAGGUGAAGGGUGCGAAGAUGAUGAAGAGGUAACUCCAGAAACUCUGAAAGCAAGGCAGAGAGCUAAGGCGCAAGCAUGGGAGGCAGAACUGCAAGCCAAGAAAAAAGUAUCACCACCUAUUCAUCUUGGCUGUUAUUGGCAACAAGUGUCUUCCUGUUUGUCCGAAAAAGAUCUGGCCCUCAUGAGACAAUUUGAGAUGGUCUGUCUGCAAUCUGCACCCAUUGACACACUGAUCUCCAAUCCACUCCUGCUAGAAAAUGGUAGAGAUGGUGUUUCGGACAAACCCAGUUCUGGAGUCACUCCAAGUGGGAAGGGCUUCCGCAAGCGAGCUUUGCCCCAUGAAGCAAUGCCAGACCUGAUUCGCCUUGUCCAUGGAAACCCUUGUGGGAUAAAGAAAUUGGUGCGUGAAUUCCGUCUGUUUUGGCGCCAAAAGACAAAAGAAUCGAACACCUCUUGGAAUGAAAGUUGUGUGGAGGAUGAAGCCAUGGACACAUCAGGAGAGUGUGCAGCAUCUUCUAAAAGGUCUGACAAAGAGGAAAGCUCCACUCCAGCCUUAGAAAGCAGUGGUGAUGUAACUGAUAAGUCUCAUAUUGAAGAUGUAGCUUGUAACACUAGUAAUGGGCCCACAAAAGGCAGAGGUGGUGACAGCUUGGCUGCAGAUGACAAUCAGAACAAUGAUAUUGUUUCCAAGAGACAGUUAGAGAUAAAGAUAAUGGCCAUUGCAAAUCGAGAAAAACGGGUCGGCACCACCAAAACAUGUUGGUAUGUUAAAAAAGAGGUCUUAGAGGAAUUUAACAUGAAUACUUUAUCUCCAGAGAAUACCUGGAUUUCUCUCUCUCAAGAUAUGAAUAAAAAGACACUGUGUAAAACACCCAGUGAAAAGAAGGCUGCGAAAGGGUCUACACAUAAAAUCUUGCCAUCUGCUCCCAAUUCUCUGAAAAAAUCAUGUGAUGAUGAAUUGUCCGAGGACGUGGGAAAGUCUAGUUCAAGGCUCAAAAAGGAGAACAUUACACCUGGCAAGCCCAAAGAUCAGCCUUCCAUUAUGAACUUUGCCAAGAAAACAGCAGAAAGACUGCUGACUCGCAAAGAGAGCAAGGGGCCCACAGUCUGUAAACGAUCACUUGAGCUGGUGAAGCUGCAGUCAGACCACUCUGAUGUGUUGCAGAAGUCUUUGGACCAAAAAGACACCAAUGUAACAGUUGAAAAUGAUGGUUCACAUGCUGCAGACUGUAUCAUUAUAGACGACUAACUUGGGUAGUGCUAAAAGUAGGUAGUGUUUGCGAGAUUGAAAGAGUGGUCUUGAAAAUUGUCAUGUGCACCAUUGUCCUACAAUAUCACAAAACCACUUCAGUCCCCUGCUGCUCACAAAAGCUCAAGAGUUGUGGUUGUAACUUAAACUAUUUGACUUUUUAAUAAUAAGACCUCAAAUUUCUUGACAUAUGGGAUGGUUAUUGCUAAUGUUGUAUAUUUAUCUGCUUUGAAGUACUGUCACAGCUAGUGCGUCCUAUUUGAUGUUGAGUUCUUCAGUGGACACUGAAAAUUUUCAGUCUGCAUGUGGCCAUGCUGGCAAGGUCUGAAGUGCUUUCUUGUAUAUUCAUUUUAGUGUCGUAUGCAAGUGUUUUAGACAUAUCCACAUGACUUUUCUGAAAUAACCCCAUUAGGUGACAUAAGUGCAGAAUCUCUAGCUAGACUUUUAAAAAAAUAAUAAUAUAACAAUUGUCUGAAGACCUAACAUGCCAUAGACACUGCAGCAUGUAGUAAACCUCUUCUGAUGCCUAUAUGUGCUUGCGUAUACAUGUAUAAUUUAUAGAUCUGCUUUAUUAAAUUUAUUAUCUUUGUUGUUAUGCCAGGAAUUUGGCAAUCAUCCCUUGAGGUUCCCAUGCAGAUGCGGUUUUAUCAUGUCAACUUUUGACAAUAUUUUGUUAAUGCCUAUGAAGCACUAAAGAGUGCUAGAUGAACUACACAAAACCAAAGCCAUUCCUGAUUUUUUAAAAUGUCAGCAAGAACCCUGUGUUUUCCAUCACGUUAAACAUCCAUAAAAUAUGUAACAGCUCUAAAUCAGGUAAAGAACAUUUGCCGAGUGGGGUCUGAAAAUGUAAAUAGUUUGUCAUAAGGGGUCUGUAAAUGUAAGUGUUUAGGUUGAAAGUCUCAUCAUUUAAGGCGCUUUGUAACAAACCAGACACAAAAUCAAAGUCUGACAGUUGUACAUUAUGAAGCAUAGCACUUAAAACCUCAGGAUCACAAUGACAUUAAUAUAUUUAAAUUUAUGGGUAUUUUUGUGUGAUUUUCUGAUAAAACCCCUUAUAAUUUUAUCAGUGUUAUAACUUCCCAGGAAUUUUGCUUGUGUCUGAAAACCCAUUCAUUCUAUACUUGGGAAAUGCUAGCAGGUAUCAUUUGCACAAUUCAUAAGUUACUGGGUGUUUUUGUUCUUUUUGUUUUUUUUUUGGUUAGUUUGGUAUCAUAGGUUCUGCUAGCUUUGGGGAAAUUCUAAAUGUUAAUAAUGUUAACUAAAUGUUAAAUAAAAGGUGGCAAAUUAGCUUUCAAUAGUCUCUAGUAAUAAGCCAGCUGGGCUGAUCAUCAUUUAUUGUAUUCUAAUCUGUGUUUGAUGGUACUUGCACGGCAAGGUAUUUAUCUGACGACACACGAUAAAACAACUCAGGGUUUCAUGGUAAACUGCCAAGAUGUGGUUUUCGAUUAAAGUAAAACCUUGUUAAGACCUUUCAUAUUGUGACAACCACCACCCUCUUACAUAUGACCCCAAAAUUUUAAAGAUGUAUUUUUGUACAUAAAUGUACUCUCAGGCUCCCCACUCAACUGGUUUGAGUCAUAGCUCUGAGAUAGAACUCGGUGGAUGUCUCCAUCAGUUUCUAUUCACUCAGGAGUCCCCAAGGUUCUGUACUUGGUGCCAUAGGUUACAUGAAGCCACCUACUGCUCUAAUUCAGUCUCACUCUAUAUCUGAUCAAUCCCUUGCUGAUAACACUCAGCUGUAUACUAGCUGUUCUCCUUCUCAGGCACAUACUGCUAUCCAGAGCAUCUGAGAUUGUUUUUCUAUUAGACUAUGGAUGACCCACAACAAGUUAAAACCAAAUGAUGAAAAAUAUAGAAACUUUAAUUAUUUUUUUUUCAAAGAGGAGAGCCAGAGUUUAGACUUAACUGCCUUUCUCUGUUUGGAUAGGCAGUGCCGAUGUUACUUUUGUUACUUCAACGUGUUACAUAAUGUCUGAUGGCGUGUCUUGAUAAUCAUGUUUCUCAAAUCUGUCAUUCUGCAUACAAGCUCCUUGCUACAUCAGAUCAGCUCCAUUCGCCAUACUCUGUCCAUUUCAACAACCAAAAUUCUCUUCUGCUCAUUUGCUCUAAACUAGACUACUUCAACUCUCUUCUUGCUGGCUGUCCACAGUACCUCACUGAUAAGCUUCAGAAACUCGCAUUGAGCACAUGUUUGUGAUGCGGAUACUAGCGCGUUAUAAAACUACAUCAUCAUCAAACUCCAGAACUCAGUUGCUGGUCUUGUUUUCUGAACUUGCUAAUGCAAACAUGUCACACCACUUCUUCACUCUUCAUUAGCUACCAGUUAAAACUAGAAAAGACCACAAGCUUUCAACUCUGUGCUAUGGAUUCUAUGAAGGCUACUCCCCCCACUACAGAAAUCUUGUCUGUCCACAACCCUGCCCAAAACCUUCGCUAACAGACUCCCACAUUCUUUCCCUCCCUCCCACAAAGACGGUCACAUGUUUACAAUCACAAACUUGUAUUACUGGACUGCUGACAGACGAUUUUUUUCCAGUUAACUGCUAAAACAAGGCAUGAGACUACAAAGCUUUCAGUUUAGUCACAUUCUUUGUUAAGGCUUGCCAAGACUAACAGCAGAUCUCUUUGCAAGAGGCUAAGUGUUGGUCUUGGCAGGCAGGCAGUAAUCCACCUAUACACGUUUGUGGUACAAUGAACGUUCUCCUUCUGUUCUGCUAAGCAGUGGAACUUUUCCACAUCACAUUCGCCACUCAGACUCCAAGGCUACAUUCAAACUCUCUCUGAAAACAUAUCUGUUCACCAAGUACUAUCCCUAAAUUACUAUUCUUAACUCCCUGGCAAUACUGUUGUGUAAAGCCUCCAUCUUACCCUGUUUACAUCUCUUCAUACAUUGCUUUACAUUCUACUCUUGUACUCCAUCUUUGUGUUCAGUGUGCCUAUAGCAGGAGUGGGCAAUUAAUUUUCCCAAGGGGCCGCAUGAGAAAUUGGGAUGGUUUUAGAGGGCCGUACUAAU